AUGUUCUCCGCUACCCGAGCUCUUCGACAGGCUGCUGUCCACGCCGAGCGUACUCCUCUCAUCAAGUUCCUUGGUCCCCGAACCAUUCCUGCCAACAUCGACCACUCUCCCAAGCCUCACCCUGCUUCUCCCGCUGGCAAGCUCCCCGAGUCCUGGUCCGGCUACGGCAACGGCAACGCCGCCUCCCGCCACACCAGCUUCAGCUCCUACCGCGACGCCGCUCAGCAGCACGGUCCCCUCCAAAACUCCAUCCACGCCAACUCUGGUGUUGGUGGCCGUGCCGGCUCUGCCCUCGGCAGCGUCAACGCCCCCAACGGCGUCUACUUUGACGUCUCCGAGCUCCCCGCCCGCUUCCACCGAAAGACCCUCAACGCUGCCGAGAUCGAGGCCAUCGAGUCUGGC